UAGCAGUGAUCAUCGAAGAGAUUCAGUCAUGCUGAGGCGAUUAUCGGGUUUAUCCGCUCGAUAUGUUCAGCAGCCAUCGUCAAGCAGGCUGGCAUGUCUCCAGAUAAGCAAUGUACUGCAAAGUCCUACACGCCAGAUACAUUCCUCGACCGUCUCUCAUGCUCGAAGAGGAGAGUUGACCAAAUUGGAAAGACAAACGAUUGCAGAAAUAAAUUUGCUGAAGAAACAAGUUGAAGAUGAUACGAAAGAACAAAUCGCCAAAGAAAGUGCUGCUAAUCUACCUGAGAUAACAGAUGAAAGUCUUGAUCUUCUAUAUGAAGCUCUUAAUAUGCCCGAUCCACCUACUGAAGAAGAUAUGGAAGAAGAACAAAAACGAAGGAAACAGCUUUUGCCUCCGUUUCAAAAGGAUCAAGUCAGACAACAAUCCCUCAGUAGACGCUUGGAAGAUAUAAAGAAACGUCUUGAUGAAGUUGUGAAUUAUACCCAAAAAGAUGCAACUGAAAGGAGUGGAGAUGCUUCGGAACGCUUGACAAAGAUAUUGCAAUCGGUCGAAAAAGAUGAAAGUAUGAGCGUGGCUGAUCAGGGGAAUGAGGAUGAGCUAACCCAAGCUCAAGCAGGAUCAUCCAUCAGUGAAGGUCAUACAAGCACACAACGUUCUACUACACGGGACUUGAUUGCGCAAUUACAGGUAUCCAUUCCUGCGCUCUCUAACAAUAGCUCUCUCACUAUGGCAUUUCCACUUGGACUUCUAUCCACUAAAGAUUGGACAGCACUUGCAUAUCAGGCGGCUGUUGAGGAUGAUAGAAAUGGCAUCUUGCAAAUUCUAAAAUUGAUGGAGGAAAGUGGGCAGACGAGCAUGCAAACAAAGGUGAUAAAUACCGCCUUAGCAGUUUAUUCGAAAGAAGGAGAUUUCAAAGCUUGUCAAUCUUUGACUACUGCGAUGGAAGAAAACGGGAUUGUGCCUGAUGCAUUUUCUUCUCAUCAUCUUGUUGCAGCAUAUGCAAGAGCAGGCAGAUUAGACGAAGCGGCUGCGAUUGUCAAGCACUUACAAGACGUGCAACCAGCAUCCAUGCAAACGUACACUUUACUUAUUGAGCAUUAUUUGCAAAAGGCAUCUCAACCACAAAUUCAGUCAAAAGCAUGGUCUUUGUUUUACGAUAUGCGAACGUAUGCUCAUUCAAUACCUGAUGCCCAUCUUUAUGCUCAAAUGAUUCGAGCGUGCGCAUUAGGAGUGCCUCAACCAGGCGAUGCACUUUGGAAACCAAGAGCGGGCUUAUUGGCAGAAUCGAAUACGAUCUCCAAAAAGCGCAUUAUACCCAAACCUGGACGAGCUUUACGACCGGACACGGAAAGGGCAUUAGAUCUAUUUCGUGAGAUGACUUUGCGGUAUAAUGUUCGACCAACACCUGAAGUCUAUUCCGCAGUCAUCUUGGCUUGUACAAGAAGGAGAGAUAUGUAUGAAAAAGGGAUCGAAUUAUUCCAAAGCAUGUUGGAGAUCGAAAGACAACGAAUUACAGCGCUGCAAUCUGAUGAGGAAACCAAAUCGGAUCUUUCUUUAUCCUUUUCUCCCGAUCGAGAAACGUAUAAUGCAGUCCUAGGUGGAUGCUGUCAAGUAGGCGAUCUGUUGCGUGCUAGAUGGAUCUUGGCAGAAAUGCUACGUAGCUCGUAUGCCCUUUGGACGUCCCUUCGAUCUCGACCAAACGUUGCCGAUUGGGAAUGGGCAGAAGUGGAAACCAGAAGGCCAGACGAAUUUACGUUGACGUAUGUGUUUUAUACAUAUGCAACAUUCAAACCGCCAAAACGUGCAAGUAUCAAAAAGGUUAAGGUACAGAAAGAAGGUCAAGCGGAAGAGAGUGAAUCAUCAGAACAACCUCCUCACAGUGAAAGCACUGAUGUGGAACCUACUUCAAAGGUUGAGGACAACAACUCCUUCUCUGAGCGAUUGCCCGAAUCAUCAGCUGGCGCGAUUCGCGAAGUGAAUGGAUUGCUGGAACGUGUAGCGGUCGAUGCGACGACAGAAGGUGGAUUACUAUCGGCAGUCAUUCCGGAUACAAGGAUGUUGAAUGCAUAUCUCUCUGUUCUAUCUGAACAAUGUACAGAAGCGGAUCGUUUGCCGAUGUUAGAAAGUGCCAUAUUUGGAGCUUCAGAUGAAAAAAGUCGAUACUCUGUCUUUGAUGGCGAUUCAGUAUUUGCGAAAUGGCAAGUGCCGAUCAAUGGAUACACAUGCGAAUUAGCUUUGGAAGCUUGCAGUAAAAGUAAAGAUCGCGAACAUGCUGAUGCUUUGGCAGAUAGAAUCUGGCAGGAAUGGCAAAAGAUCAGUGAACCAAAAACAAGAGGCAGUGGAACAGAAGCAGAAACCGUCAAAGAAGAAAAACGUAUGCAAGGAAUCGAUCCUGUUCGAAUUAGUCGUUGUUGGGCAAAUAUGAUUCGUAAUGCAGCCAAAUCGAAUCGAAUAAAAGAUGCGAUGAAUUUAUUACACUCUUUUGUAGAAAAAUAUCCUCCUGCUACUUCAAGUAUGUCCGCCUUACCUCAACAACAACGCAAUUCUGUCAGACCUGCUGCUCAAUAUCCCGCUUUGACAUUUCAACAAGUUGAAGUUUUGCAUCAUCGACUUGUCCUUAGUACAAACAAUCCUAAACAACGUCAUCGUGAUUUAGCAUUCAUCACUUGGGUUAUCAAAGCAUACGAAUCAAGUUUAUCGCCUAAAAUGCCUGCUGUACUAAAACGACCUUCAAAAUUGUGGUAAUAAUCAUCUCACCCCUCCUAUAUAUUUGUUGUAUUUUUACCUUGUACAAUAUUCAUGUAACACCCAACACCUCUUACCGCG